AUGUGUGAACUACAAGCUACAAUAGAGUUUGCUGUAGAAUUAAACAGGUUUUAUAAUGUGGACUUAUUUCAGAGAGGCUUUUAUCAAAUACGCACAUCCAUUCGCAUGUCACCAAAAUCACCUGCUAAAAUAGAAGUUUAUGUUGAUUAUAUUUCAGAAUGUGAUUCUCUACUUCCCUCCAGUAUAGUUGAUAAUGUAGCUAUCAGUAAAACAUUUCAAAUAUUAUAUCGUAACGAGGAUGUCUUAAUUAACGACCCUAUGAUAUUCAGAAUUCAUACUCUGGUAGACAGUACUAAGUUGGAAGAAAACCUGGAGAAUUUAGACAUGCAGUUAUGUGUAGAAUUAUGGUUUGGAGAGGAAGAUUUUGGAUCUACACUACUAGAGAAAAUGGAGAUGGUGAGUGAAAGAAUACUGCAGCUACAUUUUAAUCCUGUAAACGGCCUCCAUCAUCAUCUACCAGUUUUAUUUGACUAUUUUCAUCUAGCAUGUAUAGAGGUUACGAUACAUGGUUGUUUAAUAGCUCUACAUCAACCCUACUUAAAUAUGCCUAGACCAGCUAAAACAGCUUGGGCUAAUAAACCACCAGACCAGUCAACCCUAGAAACAGUUUAUUUUGGACCUAGACCACAAACAUCAGUAAGUUCUCUUUACUGCAACAUCAUCAUUAUCAUUGCCAUAUUAAAUCAAGCUAACGAUGUUCACAAAUUAAUCUGUAAAAUAUUAUUAUCAGCCUACGAAUCUUUACAGUCAACUUAUCAAUUCUACCUCACAAAAUUACCACAAAAUAAAACUAAACUAGUUACUGACCUUGCUAAAUCAUCACAAAAUAAAACUAAACUUAGGUGGGUUACCUACCUUGCUAAAUUACCACAAAAUAAAACUAAACUAGAUAUUAAAGAUUGUCAUGUUCGAUUGAAAAAAGUUUUAACUAAUUUACAGAGUAUAGAAGAUGAAGAUGAUUUAAUACAGACUGUUAUAACAGAUAUAACACAGCUGUGUGCCGAGAACGUUAUACUAUGGACCAAGUUUCUAGAAACUGUCACAUUGGCUGAAAAUGUACAAAGUUAUUUAGCACAAGAGCAUCAUACAGCUAGAGUGAAGAGGUUUGCUGAAGCAUUCUUUACCUUUGAAUAUCCCAAGAUUACUUGUCUUUCUUGUUAUGAUCCAAGUAUCCAUGGUCAUGAUGAUAUAGCGAAGACAGUAGCAGCAUCAGAUUAUUUCCAGAAUAUGCCACCAAUAGAUGUAGAGUGCCCAGAGAUAGAUGGAGAUAGUAACACUAUACCUAUUAUAUUUGAAGAUAUCUAUCAUGACAGUUGGAUGAAUGCUUUAGGUUUGUAG